UUGCCACCUGCUGUCCAGCUUUGAUCAAAAAUUGUGUGUGAGCUCACCAAGGGUCGGAUGGUCUUGUGAAAGAAUUUACGCAGGAGAGACAGAGAGCGCGAGCAGCACAGACAAUAUGUGCUAAAGAAAACAGACUCGGAGAGAAGGGGGUGGGCUUAGGUACAAGCAUUAAUAGCAGCUCAUAUUCUCCCACCAGCUUUGCUUUCUCCAGUGCACAAGAAGCCUGACGCUGAGCCACCACCUCUCUCCCUCCCUCCCUCUCUCUCCAUCAUUUUCUCUCUUUCCUCUUGUUUUCCCUCCAGUGGGGGGGGCUGUGCUCGUGCUGUGUCGAUUGGUAGGCAGUUACAAAUGUUACUAUUUUGAGACAGUCAGCGUAUGCACUCUGCGUCUUAUACCAAAUGAUCGAAAGAGUGGGUGGGGGGGAGGCAGAGAAAGGCAGAGCAGGGCUUAAGCUUGUUCUUCUGUGCGUUAAGUGCGCUGCACAAGAGCAUGAGGGAGCACAGGGAGACUUGGACCUGCGGCUGAUGCCAAGCUCUGAUCCUGAAUCCUGAAGACAUCCAUCAAGGCAGGAGGUUGUGUGCCAAGGUGGUUCGCAGGACAGAACCAGAAACAUCUUUUUUUACAGAUCAAAGGGAAAGAAGGCAAAAGGAAAGAGAGAGCAGUGGAGGGUGGAGGUGAACCGAGAAAGGAAGGAUGGCGAGUUUUGGGAAACUCACAGACUACUUUAAUCGGCGUAAGUCUCGAGAGGAGCUGCGGGUGGGCAGGAGCUCUCGGCGCAGCGGCAGUUACUGCUGCACUGUGACAGAGGCCAGGUCACUGGAAAGAAAGCUGCAGAGACCCCUACUGGCUAAGUCCCGCACCCUACCCAGCAUCCCCCAGUCACCAACUGUCUCCAGGGCCCAUCACUCUGAUCUUUUUGGCGGGAGUCCACCUCGCAGGAAGAACCCGGACCCUGCACCCAGCCACCCAAAAGCCUGCACUCUGCCACCUGCAGAGGAACUGUGGCGUUUGGAGGAUGACAUGGAGGGGGAAGAUGAGCCUGAGCAUGGUGGCUGCACCGAGGCCCACCCUCGUCCCCAGUCGCCCUUUUCCCACUUCCAGGCGCGAGCUGCCUACCUCCGCAAGAGCGUCUCAGCAGAUGACAACCUGGACAUUGGUUCAGACUACGGCUCAGGGACUGCAUUCGAGGACAAGCCGACCUGUGGCAAUAAGAGCAAGCUGAAGAGGAAGUUUGUAAGUCUGAGCUCGUUUGCUGUUUUCCUCACUGUGUACACACAGCUAUGUUGUUUUCCUCAUCUCUGUUUUCAUACAUCCCAGAACCAGAGCCAACACAUGUGCAUAUUUUAGACACACAAUUUCACAAUGUCACCCUUGACUUUGGCUUGGACAGGAGUGUUGGGUUUAUGGCAUUUGGUAAAAUAUGGCUCAAGUUUAUUUGCUCAUUGUGAGGAAGUGCCAUCAUGCAGAACUUCACAGCAGCUCUUAAAUGAAAACAGCAUGACCCUCUUCCUCUGUGAACCUCUGACAAUCUCUUUAAGUCUUUUUAACAGUUUGGAAUGGCCUUUACCAGCCCUAUAGGGUCCCAAGGGUCUCUUAAAGAGACUGUUCUGAUUUCAUUUUGACAGCUACUCAGAUAAAAAUUAACAACAACAGUGUGUCUGUGUGUGUGCCUGUUGUGCUCAGGUGAAAGAGAAAAUGAACAGAGAGAGAAAGCACUAGAUUAAAUUUAUGUCAUAAGCACCACUACUAUUAAAGGGUGUAAUUACAAAGGAUCAUUAUUGCUUUGAUUCCGAAGAGUUAAAGAGUAAAAUGUCAG